AUGGAUUACAGUUCAGCGGAUGCUCAUUCGAAAGAGGACUCAACUAGCGAACUUUCGUCCACCGAGGAUAAUGAAAAUCAAGCUAUUCAACAGUUAGAAAAUGAGGUCUCCAAAAACGCAUAUGACUAUAACACUCAAGUUCAGUACAUUGAAGCACUUAGACGUGCUUCUUUAUAUGAAGAGUUGACAAGUGCUAGGGAAAAUAUGCACAAGAUCUUACCUUUGUCGGAAGAAUUAUGGGUUCAAUGGAUCGAAGAUGAGAGAAGGAUAGCAUCAACUCUUGAUCAAAUUAAGAGGGUCAUCAGUUUACACGCCGAGUCAGUCAAAGAUUAUUUUUUAAUAAAGCUCUGGAAUGAUUAUAUUCAAUACGUCAUUGAUCAAUACAAGAGCUCGCUUGAGGAUGAUAAUAUUCAAGUUGUUACUCUUGAAGAAGUGCGAAAUAUCUUGCGAGAGGCAAACAAGAAAACUGGGUGUAAUAUACCGGAGAGCCAUAUUAUUUGGAAUACGUAUAUAAAUUUCGAAACAGAAAUUAUGCAGAGCUCGAAAAGCGAUUACGAAGAACAGAAAGUUAAUGUUCGUAACCUAUAUCUCGAUAGACUCAGAGUUCCACACAAAAACCUAGAACAGACGUGGCAAGACUAUUCACAAUUUAUCUCAAAAAAUUAUUCGAGUGACUAUGAGCAUAUUAUGGUAGAAGCGAAUAGAAUCUACUCAAAAACUUUGCAACGAUACAGACAAAAAGAAACUUAUGAGGAUUCUUUGGUGAAUUCUAAUUACUCCUUAGUUGAAUUUCGAAAAUAUAUUAAUCAUGAAGAAAAUGAAAGAUCAAAAAUUGAAAAAUCUAAGGAUCCUGAGGACAAAAAUUACAAACAAAUAGCCCAUUGGUUGAUUAUCAUGUUGUACGAAAGAGCUCUCGUAUAUCAUUAUAUUGACGAGAAUUUCUGGGAAGAUUAUAUUGGGUAUUUGCUAAAACACAAAAAAAUUGCUGUGGCUGUUGAAGUAUCUGAAAGAAGUACUCGAAAUUGUCCUUGGUCAGGCGCGCUAUGGAGUCAUUACAUCCGAACACUCAUUAAGAAUAAUACUUCACAUGAUGUCAUUAUGAAUACCGUAUCUCGAGCACUGGAUAUAAGCAUGUUGAAUAAUAAGGAUCGACUGGAUGAUUUGAUAAAAGUCUUGUUGACUUAUUGUGACUAUGAAAGAUUGAGAAUCAAUUGGAGACGUGGCACAAUUGAUGAAGAACAUGCAAUUGAUCUUAGAGCUGCUUUGCAAUUUGGUUUGGAAAAAAUUGGUCAAGUUGCUCCGGAUGGUGAUCCCAAAUCUCGUUUAGAAUUCUAUUAUAUAGAAUUUGAGACACAAAUAAAAAAUUACGCGGAAGCUCGUAGGAUCUGGGAAGAGGUUACAAAUAAGCGUAAACACGAGCCGGAAAUAUGGCUUCGAUAUGCGGAAUGGGAAAAGUCUUUAAAUAAUAUUCAAGAAACACGUAACAUUUUUAAAAAAGCGAGUCAAAUUAGAUUUGAUUGGCCCGAGAUCAUUUUUGAAAGUUGGGAAAGUUUCGAGCAUCACUAUGGAGAUUUUGAAAGUAUCGAAAACGCCCUUCUUUUCAUAAAAACUCGAUUAGCCAUUGUGAUGGCGCGACGGGAAAAAGAAGCAAUUCAGCAAUCUCAAAACGUUUCUACAGACAUGCAGCAAUUCCAAAAUGAGGCUACAGAAAAUCAGCAAUAUCAAAACGUAGCUACAGAAGUUGAAAAUAUGACGAUACGUGAUUCUUUAAAAAGGAAGCCAGAAGAAACUUUAGAAGAAUUGCACCCUGCCAAGCGAAAUAAAGAAGAGAGCAUAGAAGAUAUGGAUAUUGAGCAAGAAUCAUCGUCGGUGAAAGAAAAACGAAAAUACACCAGAGUCAGACGCGAUCGUGAACAUUCUACUAUUGCCGUAGUUAAUUUGCCUGAUGGAGUCAAGCAAGGACAACUAAAAACUCUCUUUAAUGACUGCGGAAAAAUAAACGAGAUUCGCAUCAUACCAGACGCUCAAAAAAGAGAAAGUAUUGCGUAUAUUGAAUUUUCCGACAGGGAUAGUAUUCUCGGCGCUUUAACCAAAGACAAAAAGAAAAUAGAUGAUAAUGAAAUAUCCUAUGGAGAAAUAAUUGAUAUUCGAAUGCCAAGUGCCAAUGUUAAGGGUGUUAAACGUAGAAGGUUCUGUUAUAUUGAAUACAAAACACAGGAAUCUGCGCAUGCGGCUUUAACUGAAAAUGGGCAACCAUGGUUUGGAUUUCCCCUUUCAGUUAAUAUCUCUGAUCCUGAUAAGAAGAAAAAAAGAUCCCCUCCAUCUAAAAAUGAAAUUAUAAUACAUAAUCUUCCCAGUCAAGUGGAGCAAGAUGAGUUGAAAAUGUUGUUUCAACCCUAUGGUACAAUAAAAGAUAUCAGGAUUAAUUUGAACGAAGAGGGAAAGUGUAUCGGAACUGCAUUUAUUGAUUUUCUAAAACAAGAAGAAGCUCAAGCUGCGGCGAAAGCUGUGAAUCAAGUCGAUUUUAAAAAUAACUGUCUUCGGGUGGUGGUUGCUGAUCCCAAUAUAGACAAAAAAGUCAAGGAGAAAGAACCAUCCAUUGCGACGAAGCGGGAUAGAAGUAUUAGUGUAAAACAGUUGCCGAAAGAUGUAACUAAGGAAAACUUGCAAGAACUCUUUUCCAAGUGCGGCACUAUAUGCCAUAUUAGUUAUGACAACAAAGCGCACACUGCAGAAAUUGAAUAUACGGGAGUUGAGGAUGCUGCGAAGGCUACUUUACGAUUCGACAAAUAUGAAUGGCACGGUAUUAAAAUAUCUGUGAAAUUUGUAAAGCAACAAAAUACAGCCGCAAGUUCAAAGCAAUUGGUUCCUCGAACUGCAUUGAUGUCUCCCAGAAAUGCAUCAAGAAACAAAAUUUCGUUUAAAAAAUCAUCUAUUGUUACGCCGUCACCUUCCAAAAGACAUUAA